AUGAAUUCUCAAGCACAACUGAGAUAAGACAAUAAAAAAUAGAUUCACAUUUCUCGUCCUUCCUCCAGAAAUAAUAGUUUUCUGCCUGAAAUAGUUUAGACUCCAUCCUAGAAUUAGUUUCAAAAACAGUAAUCCAACUCAAUCUUCAACUCGUCAAAAGGAAUGGAUUAGCUUAACUUAUUCAAAAUCUCAUAGGUCGAAUCCAAUGCUGAUCAUAUUACAUCACGUAUGGAAAUCUAGCGCAAAGAACUCAUUAGAGAAAUAUUUAGAUAGGACAAGAAGCAUACAGUGCUCAAACCUUUAAUUAAAUAAUAGGAAUCUACCCAUCGAAGUAGAUUAAGAAAAGAUGAUCAAAUUGAAGAUUAGCAGACUUAAUUAAAAAGCAUUCUAAAAAGAAAAAGCUCUAACAGUAGAGAACAUGCUGAUAUUUUUGAUUUCUUUGAGUUAGAUAAUUAGGAUUUAAAAUAAUAAUAAUAAAAGCCAAAUUUCAAUAGACUUAAGCACAGUAAAUAAGUUUCACUUCAACCAAUUGAAAAGGAAGUCCAUUCUCCUCAAAUCAAUCCGGGAAAGAAAAUAGUUUCAUUUAAUAAACAAAUUUAAAUCAAAGUUAUUGAUCCAAAUGAGGAAAAACCGAAAUCUAAUUAAAAAACAUUUAGAAGAAUGUACACAGUUGCAGAUCUUCUAGAUAAAUCCUGAUUUUCAUUUAUAUUUAUCAUUG